CUUUGAGGAGGUGGCCGUGUUCUUCACGGAGGAGGAAUGGGCUCUGCUGGAUCCGGGCCAAAGAAAACUCUACUGGGAGGUGAUGGAGGAAAAUUACCAGACCCUGGCCUCCCUUGUUGCAGAUAGAAGAGAGAUGGCAAGUCAGAAGGAACCAGGAAGGGUGAUUGUGGAAGGAAAGGAAAAUCUGCAUAUGGAAACAAAAUCUAGAGAUCAAUUGUCACCAGACAGACAAUGCAGAUGGAAAAUGGAAGCAGCGCAGAAGCAGAGGAAGGGAUUGGUUGCCUGUGAGAGCAGGAAGAUGCAGGAGGCCUCAACCGAAAAUGAAAUGCAGAUGAGAACGAGAAGGCAGAAGGGUAUCAUAAAUGAGAAAAACUUCAGCUGCAAAUUCAGUCUGAAAAAAUAUCAGAAUGUUACAACAUGCCUAAAAAGAUAUAAAUGUUUGGAGUGUGGAAAGAGAUUUUCUAAGAAUAGCAGACUAAUUGUGCAUCAAAGGAUUCACACUAGAGAAAAGCCAUAUACAUGCUUAGAGUGUGGAAAGAGCUUUUCUCGCAAUGAGCAGCUAACUGUACAUCAAAGGAUUCACACAGGGGAGAAGCCAUAUAAAUGCUUGGAGUGUGAAAAGAGCUUUUCUCGCAAGGACAGCCUAACUCUACAUCAAAGGAUUCACACAGGGGAAAAGCUAUAUAAAUGCUUGGAGUGUGGAAAGGCAUUUUCUCGCAAUGACUACUUAACUGUACAUCAAAGGAUUCAUACAGGGGAGAAGCCAUAUAAAUGCCUGGAGUGUAGAAAGAGCUUCUCUUGCAGUGGCACCCUAACUACACAUCAAAGGAUUCACACAGGAGAAAAGCCAUAUACAUGCUUAGAGUGUGGAAAGAGCUUUUCUCGCAGUGGCUACCUGACUGUGCAUAAAAGGAUUCACAGAGGAGAAAUGCCAUAUAAAUGCUUGGAGUGUGGAAAGAGUUUUUCUCAUAAUGGCAGCCUAAUUUUGCAUCGAAGGAGUCAUACAGGGGAAAAGCCAUAUAAAUGCUUGGAGUGUGGAAAGACCUUUUCUCGCAAUAGCAUCCUAACUGCACAUCAAAGGAUUCACACAGGGGAGAUGCCAUAUAAAUGCUUGGAGUGCGGAAAGAGCUUUUCUCACAGUGGCAUCCUAACUACACAUCGAAGGAUUCACACAGGAGAAAAAUCACAUAAAUGCUUGGAGUGUGGAAAGAGCUUUUCUCGCAAUGGCACCCUAAUUCUGCAUCAAAGGAUUCACACAGGAGAAAAGUCGUAUAAAUGCUUGGAGUGUGGAAAGAGCUUUUCUCGCAGUGGCUACCUGACUGUGCAUGAAAGGAUUCACACAGGAGAAAAGUCGUAUAAAUGCUUGGAGUGUGGAAAGACCUUUUCUCGCAAUGACCACCUAACUGUGCAUGAAAGGAUUCACACAAAGGAGAAGCCAUAUAAAUGCUUGGAGUGUGGAAAGAUCUUCUCUGGUGCUAGUAGCCUAACUAAACAUCAAAGAGUUCACACAAGAGAAAAGCCGUAUAAAUGCUUGGAGUGUGGAAAGGCCUUUUCUCGCAAUGACACCCUAAUUGCACAUAAAACAAUUCACACAGGAGAAAAGUCAUAUAAAUGCUUGGAGUGUGGAAAGAGCUUUUCUCAGAAUGUUCACCUAACUUCUAGUACCCUAACUAAACAUCAAAGAACUCACACAGGAGAAAAGCCAUAUAAAUGCUUGGAGUGUGGAAAGAGCUUCUCUGAGUCUAGUACCCUAACUAAACAUCAAAGAACUCACACAGGGGAGAAGCCAUAUAAAUGCUUGGAUUGUGGGAAGCGCUUUUCUCAAAUUGGCAUUCUAACAGUACAUCAAAGGAUUCACACAGGGCUGAAGCCAUAUAAAUGCUUGGAGUGUGGGAAGAGCUUUUCUCAGAAUAGUACCCUGACUAAACAUCAAAGAAUUCACACAAGGGAGAAGCCAUAUAAAUGCUUGGAGUGUGGAAAGAGAUUUUCUCAGAAUAGUACCCUGACUAAACAUCAAAGAAUUCACACAGGGGAGAAGCCAUAUAAAUGCUUAGAGUGUGGAAAGAGCUUCUCUGAGAAUAGUACCCUGAGUAAACAUCAAAGGAUUCACACAGGGGAGAAGCCAUAUAAAUGCUUGGAGUGUGGAAAGAGCUUUUCUCGGAACGGCCAGCUAACUGUGCAUCACAGGAUUCACACAGCGGAGAAGCGAUAUAAAUGCUCUGAGUGUGAAAAGAGUUUUUCUUGCAACAGCAACCUAAAAGAUCAUCAAAGGCUUCACACAGGGGAGAAACCAUAUAAAUGCUUGGAGUGUGGAAAGAGCUUCUCUGAGAAUAGUAAUCUGAGUAAACAUCAAAGAAUUCACACAGGGGAGAAGCCAUAUAAAUGCUUGGAGUGUGGAAAGAGCUUUUCUCGGAACGGCCAGCUAACUGUGCAUCACAGGAUUCACACAGCGGAGAAGCUAUAUAAAUGCUCUGAGUGUGAAAAGAGUUUUUCUUGCAACAGCAACCUAAAAGCACAUCAAAGGCUUCACACAGGGGAGAAACCAUAUAAAUGCUUGGAGUGUGGAAAGAGCUUCUCUGAGAAUAGUACCCUGACUAAACAUCAAAGAAUUCACACAGGGGAGAAGCCAUAUAAAUGCUUGGAGUGUGGAAAGAAUUUUUCUCAGAAUGGUCACCUAACAGCACAUCAAAGGCUUCACACAGGGGAGAAGCCAUAUAAAUGCUUGGUGUGUGGAAAGAAUUUUUCUCAGAAUGGUCACCUAACAGCACAUCAAAGGCUUCACACAGGGGAGAAGCCAUAUAAAUGCUUGGAGUGUGGAAAGAGCUUCUCCCAGAAGUGCUUGCUACAAGCACAUCAAAGUAUUCACACAGGAGAAAAGCCAUAUAAAUGCUUGGAGUGUGGAAAGAGCUUCUCACAGAAUGCCAAUCUAACUGUACAUAAAAGGAUUCACAGAGGGGAGAAGCCGUAUAAAUGCUUGGUGUGCGGAAAGAGCUUCUCUGCGUCUAGUACCCUAACUAAACAUCAAAGAAUUCACACAGGGGAGAAGCCAUAUAAAUGCUUGGAGUGUGGAAAGAGCUUCUCACAGAAUGCCAAUCUAACUGUACAUCAAAGGAUUCACAGAGGGGAGAAGCCAUAUAAAUGCUUGGAGUGUGGGAAGAGCUUUUCUCAAAUUGGCAGUCUAAGUGAACAUCAAAGGAUUCACACAGGGCAGAAGCCGUAUAAAUGUUUGGUGUGUGGAAAGAGCUUCUCUGUGUCUAGUACCCUAACUAAACAUCAAAGAAUUCACACAGGAGAGAAGCCAUAUAAAUGCCUGGAAUGUGGAAAGAGCUUUUCUGGGAAUGGCCAGCUAACUGUGCAUCAAAGGAUUCACACAAGUGAGAAGCCAUAUAGAUGUUUGCAGUGUGGAAAAAGCUUCUCUCAGAAUUACAGCCUAGUUGUGCAUCAAAGGAUUCACACAGGGGAGAAGCCAUACAAAUGUUUGGAGUGUGGAAAGAGUUUUUCUCGGAAUGGCAGCCUAAGUGUGCAUCAAAGGAUACACAGAGGGGAGAAGUUGUAUAAAUGCUUGGAGUGUGGAAAGAGUUUCUUUGCGAAUGGCCACCUAACUAAUCAUCAAAGGAUUCACACAGGGGAGAAGCUGUAUAAGUGUUCUGAGUGUGAAAAGAGCUUUUCUCGCAAAGGCAUCUUAAUUGUACAUCAAAGGAUUCACACAGGGGAGAAGCUGUAUAAGUGCAUUGAGUGUAAAAAGAGCUUUUCUCGCAAAGGCAUCUUAAUUGCACAUCAAAGGAUUCACACAGGGGAGAAGCCGUAUAAAUGCUUGGAGUGUGGGAAGAGCUUUGCUCAGAAUGGUCAGCUAACUGCGCAUCACAGGAUUCACACAGGGGAGAAGCUGUAUAAAUGCUGUGAGUGUGAAAAGAGCUUUUCUUGCAAUGGCAGCCUAACUGCACAUCAAAGGAUUCAUACAGGGGAGAAGCCGUAUAAAUGUUUGGAGUGUGGAAAAAGCUUUUCUCGGAAUGGCAGCCUAACUACACAUCACAGGAUUCACACAGGGGAGAAGCCAUAUAAAUGCAUGGAGUGUGGAAGUAGCUUCUCUCGGAAUUACCAACUAAAUGCUCAUCAAAGGCUUCACACAAGAGGGAAGCCAUAUGAUUGCUUGGAAAGUUGAAAGAGCUAAGCCUGUAGCUGGU